AUGCAUCCCCUCGAUUUUUCUGAUUUGCAAAACUACAUACAAUAUAUUCCGUACAACACCAACCCAGGCGCCUUGUGCGAGGAGUCAAAUACAAAUGGCGACCCGGCCCCUUUGGAAGCCGCAGAUACCCCUUUGACUGGGUCACCUAGCAUUCAUCAUCAACCCUCCAGGCUCCGUUUAGACCCAGAGGUGCUGGCUAGCAUCAAACGGCUUAUUGAAGAGGUGGAAGAAGAAAUGGGUGUAAACUAUCUCGACUUGGUUAAGGUGCCAGAGGCGAGUGGCGCAGGCAUCUACAAUGGCUGGACAUCAACCUCCCAGUCUGUCCCCGAGGAUUUGUAUGAUGCUCAUACUAUAUGUGAUGCACCGUCAUUGUAUAACAGGACUGAAUAUGCGGUACCGCCCCCAGCGGCAGUACCUACACACAUGAGCUCCUUACCGGAGCUAAUCAACUCUCGGGAUGCAACUUUGUUACGCAGUCGGCAUGAUGUUAAACCGACAUCAUCACCUUUAAUGCCUGCAAUGGGACAGCCAGGUCCGUCUCGUUGGCACCAAGAGCAAUUCGACCCGUCGUCGAUUGACUGGAGUGUGUGGCAGGAGCACGAUAUGGCGGCACCACCUGCAAAUUGUGGGGAUUCAGAAAGCAAGGGCCUUCCUGCCCACAAUGCAGUACUCGAUGUCGUCAACAGUACUUCUUAUCAUACGGAUAACGGGACGAACCUCCCGCUUGACCACGAUACGGCGCUCGUCCUCAACGCGAAUGGUGAUGAAAUACUGAGAAAGAGCUUCACUUUCAGAUCAUCAUCUCCGACUCCCUACGGGAGGACCGCUGAUGCCGCCCAGUAUCAGGGCAUGUUUUCCGACCAUGCUCAGCCAUGGUUUCAGGCGGGUGAGGGUUCCAACACCCAUCAUUCAUCAACGUCUUUCUCCUCAGAAAGAGAGAAGAAAGAAACUAUCACAACGGGAUCGAUCAAGAAUGGACGCGAAGAACUUCGCUCCAGGCUCACAAAUGAGCCUGUAGAGCGUCAAGACAUCAACGAAGCCCAAACAAAUGAUGGAGGGUGCGGGGAGGGUGCAGAAGUAGGGCAUGGCCAAACAAUUGGGAGGGACGAGAUCGCGUCUCGAAAGAGGCGACGCGAGGACACGGACUCGGAGAUCGAGUCCGCUGGAGGCCCCCGGCAGCCCAGAAAACCCAAGGUGCAGGAGUCCCGGGAGUCAGUGCCAGGAAACAUUAACACAGAGGUACAGGGCUCCCGGGGGAAGCCCAGAAACUUGAACCCGAGGGCGCCAGCAAUGAUGAGGUCGUACGCACACGCCUUGACCCCGCUGACGACGCCUGAGGCAAAGGAAGGGGGGUUCAUUGCACUCGUCACUGCAGGGACAAAGGAAGCUAGCACAGUGUUUGGUGGUGACCAAACGCCCGUCGACAUGGACAGCAUGACAAUGGUGUAA